CGUUCGCCCACUAAUCGUGUCAGUUACUAUCAUCUAUCAUCGUUCAAUUAGUAUAACAUCCGGGUGUGUCACAUUGCUUUUAGAGCCCUUCCCUACUUCUCAAGGAUCGAUUUCUUCAAAGGUAUCCUGAGCCUUCGACGAUGAUACAGUCGAGGUAGGGCAGUCAGACGCGUACGAGCAGUAAAACAAACAACACGUUUAGUUUAUUUUUAUUUAUCAAUCAUCAAUGGGUGCCUAAAUAGAAUAAAAUAUUGUGUUUGACAGUUUUACUGUGUAUUAAGAUGAAUUACAAAAGAUAGUGGGAUUGAAAAUAAUUACUGUGUUUUAGCAAAACAUGUCCAUGGUUGGUGUUGUUCUAGAAGUGCGAGGGUGACAGCAUCACAGAGAGGACCUUGAUGCUACUAAUUCGGUGCAAGCAGUGUUGCAUAACUUGAAGCCUUCAUAUCUGGACAGCCUUCACGAGUUAGCUAGUAAUCUCUUAGUUAUUUAUUUGAGCCGAUUGUUCAUCUAUCACUGAUCUCAAGGACUUUAGCUGGAGCACAAAAAUUACUAAUCAGUACCAAGGAAAGAUCGAAAUAGAUUUAAUGAUGAGAAACAACGUGGUGAUUUAUUUAACACUUAUCUUGGGAUUACUUCUGACGGCACUUCCGGUAAUUGAAGGAAAAUGCAGUUUGGCACCACUUGAUGCUGAACGCCGUCAAGAACGUAUACUCGCAUACGUCUGUAUUCAUGGAGAUUUAUCAGAUCUUGAUAGUGUUCCAAAUGAAGCAGAGUGGAUUGAAUUUACUGUUGCACGGUUACAUUCAAUUCACGCGGAUGCUUUCUCUAGGUUUUCCCACUUACGUCGACUCACUUUCUACAACUGCGAAAUAAGAGAUAUUAGUUUAGAUGCUUUCCGGGGCCUAAAUGAUUUAGAAUGGCUUGUUUUAUCUAACACCAAAAUGACAGCUGCUAAAGCUGCAAUGUUUAAACAUAUUCCAAACUUAAAAAUGUUGACAUUAGACUCGGUGGGUCUUAUUUACGUAGAACCGGAAGUAUUUGAAAUUCUCAGUAGACGUCUGGAAAUCUUGAGUCUGAGAAACAACGAUUUAGAUUGCCUACCUAUUGAUGAACUUCGUACAAUGAAGAGAUUAAAAACUGUUCGGAUUGAUGAGAACCCUUGGCUUUGUGACUGUCGACGUGCUUUAUUAGCUUUUUUUGAGAAGCGGAAAAUUAAACUCGACUCACCAGAAAGUGAAUUUAAUCAUUACAAUCGUCGUAAACGUUGGCAUACUCAAUACUACAAUGAGACAUUUUACAAUUCCAGUAGCAUUGAAACAAGUACAAGAGUUUAUGAUUGCAUGGCUGUAUUAGAAUAUCCACCACUUCCACCCGCAAAACCUCUUUCUCAUAAAUCUUCUAGUGAUUAUAGUUAUGAUUAUUCUUGGCAGAAGAAAAUUGAAUGGAGAGAAGCUACUGCAUUAAGCAUUUCAUAUCUUGAUCGUCUACCUGAUGAAAUCGGUUGGAUAGAAAUCUUCGAUAUGCGUAUUCAGACAAUAAGAAGAUAUACUUUCUUCAGAUUUGGUAAUAGCCUUCGAAGUAUUAUGCUGAGAAAUUGUGGAAUUGAAUACAUUGAACCAGAAGCAUUUGCUGGACUUCAUAAACUUCAACGUUUGACUAUUAUUGGUGCUAAAUUACCUGUCGUUCAAAAUCAUUGGUUUACUGAUCUUACAAGACUGACAGACUUAAUUCUUGAGCAUGAUUUCAUUGAAAGAUUUGAAUAUGGUGCCCUUGAUCGCCUUCGCAAUUUAAGAAGAUUAGACUUGAAAUCAAAUCGACUUAAUUGUCUUCCAGUUGAACAUCUUGAAGGUCUUACCGCUUUAGAAAGAGUUGAAGCUGGAGAAAAUCCUUGGCGAUGUAUAUGUCGACAACAUCUUGAGAGUUAUCUCUUGAAAAGACGUGUAGGAUAUCAAAUUAGUAACAGUCGAGCUGAUGGAAUCGGUUGUAUUGAUGAUAGUUCCAUUGCAAAUAUCCAUCCUAAUGUUAACAUUGAGGAUUUCUACAACUUUACUACUUCUGGAAGGGUUCGCUGGAGUUGGGGUUAUGAAAUACAUGCUCAAAAACCAACACGCCCUCCUCCAACACCUGCGCCUCCAGCCGUUAUAGAGACUAGACCACCGCCAUCACCAGUUGUUCAAAACAGCGAAUGCCGAGCCGUUUCUCCUCAACACUAUCAUCAUCAUCAUCGUUACAAUAAUCUUAGGGGUCUAACAUAUGUUUGCUCUCGAGGAUCACUUGUAGAUCUUCAAGAAAUUCCUUCAACGGUUGAGACUAUAAUAUUUUCUAACUCAGUAUUUCACACAUUAAAAUCCGAUGUCUUCCGAAAGUUCGAUGGUUACUUGAAACGACUUGAGUUCCGCAAUUGUGCAAUUCAGAGCAUCGAUGAACGAGCUUUCUCAGGCUUGCAUAAUCUUGAGAACCUCGUAAUUCGUGAUAAUGACAUUGAAGUAGUACGUUCAGAGUGGUUCAAGGAAAUUAGAAAUUUAAAACACUUGGAUUUAGCAAGAAAUAACAUUGGAAGGAUCGACAAUGGUGUCUUUGAUUGUGUUCCUUACCUCGUAAGUCUAGACAUCUCAGACAAUGUAAUGAAUUGUAUUGGAAUUGAACAUCUAGAAAAACUGCAUUAUUUGAGAGAAUUUAAUGUCGCUGGAAAUCCUUGGACUUGCCUUUGUGCUACACGGCUCGAGAAGUUGAUUGAAGAUCGACAUAUUUAUUGUGACCGCGACUGUUUAAAACCUAUUCUUCAAGGAGAUGCAUCGUCAAGCUGGGGCGGAUGUUCUAGUGGAAAUAUCAAAAUUAGCCAGGAAACAGUAAAGCCGCCAUCAACAACUCCGUAUCCAGAUCUUCCAGAUCCAUCAAGGCAAACAAACGCAAGCGGCACGUGCUAUUCAACCCACGAGCAUACUCACUAUCAUUGCAGUAACGGUGAUGGAUUCAUUACAAGCAAUAUUCCCAGCUACGUACGCAGCAUCGAGAUUUAUGAUAGUUAUUUAUUGCAUCUACCAGCUGCCAGUUUUGCAAGAUUUUCUAAUCUCACUGAGCUUAUUCUACGAAAUUGUUCACUCAGAGACAUCGACCCACGUGCUUUCGAAGGCCUGAAUAGACUUGAAAGGCUUAUUAUACAAGACAAUCGUUUUUCCGUAGUUCGUAAUACAUGGUUCAAAGACUGUGGAAAUCUUUAUUGGUUAGAUUUAAGCAAAAAUAAUUUAGUUGAGAUUGAAACUGGUGCUUUUGAUGAUUUAAAACAAUUACAAUACCUCAAUCUUGAAGAUAAUGCGUUUGAAUGUAUUUAUACUAGUUGUUUUAUUCACUUACCACGGUUAGACACUUUGGAAUUUGGUAGAAAUCCAUUGAAAUGGAGAUGUUGGCAAGAACUUCGACAAUUUUUAGAAGUUAGAGCAAUUGGAUACACAUAUUGGAAAUGUCCUCAUGACAGUAAAGCAUUAGUUCGUACUUUACAAGAUGAAAAGAAAUCAGGUUUUGGAGGAUAUAAUGCUGGAAAUCAAAAUAUUAAUAAUAAUGUUUUUAAAUAUAUAAUUUUUGCAGUUAUAAUGAAACUUAUUAUUAGCUCUUAAAGAGUAAUGUGUAAAACAACAAUUGUAAGACUAAUUUUUUUCUUCAGUAAAGCUAGAGUACUUAGUACCUGAUACGAGUCAUCUCGAUAAAAUUACUAAUAAUACUAAUUUAAUUACUUAAUGCUUUACUGAAUUAUAUUUUUAAUUAUUAUUAUUAUUUAUUUCACUAUUAAUUAAGUCAUUAAACUAUGCUUUAUAACUUCACGAUUGUUUAUUUGUGUAAUAAAUUAUAUGAAAUUGAAUCACUGUAAUGAUGAUAAUCACAAAUGUACACCAAAGAAAAAUGAUUGCGCGAGAAUUAAAAAGAAAUACAUAAUCAUAA